AUGGCAGUGUCCCUUGUGCGCAUGAUGCGCCUUGCCCUGGGUGGGCUCAUGGCAUUCACUUCAAUUGCCUCCGCACUGCCUGCGCAUCAAAAUUCUCGCCGGACAGUUCAGCCCCCCGACAAUGAUCCGUUCUACCAGCCGCCUGCUGGCUUCGCAUCCAUGGUGCCUGGGACAAUCCUGAACCAACGCGACAUCACUGCCGCGUUUUUUGGUCUCAUUCCAGUUGAUGUUGAAGCCUAUCAGUUACUUUACCGUACUACUGCAAUCAAUGGCUCGGCCAUUGCAACAGCUACCACGGUGUUCAAGCCGAAGAACACUAAGCUCGAUCGUUUCGUUUCCUUCGCCACGGCUUAUGAUAGCUCUGCAACGAAAUGUCAGCCUAGCUAUUCCUACCAGCUCGGUGCGUCACAGGACAGUUUGAUCGCUGCGGUCGAGCUAUUGAUCAUUGAGAUCUACCUUGCUCUUGGUUAUACCGUGGCUUCUCCCGACUACGAGGGACCCGAUGCUGCCUUUGGACCUGGUCGUCUCGCAGGUAUGGGUGUGUUGGAUGGUAUCCGUGCCGUAAAGAGCUUCAAGGCCUUGGGUCUCACCGAUAACCCCAUGGUUGUCGGUGUCGGAUAUUCGGGCGGUGCCAUUGCUACCGGGUGGGCAGCCUCCUUGCAGCCCAAAUACGCGUCAGAGCUGAACAUCAAGGGCUGGGUGCAGGGUGGAUCUCCCUCCAACCUUACAGGCACAUUGUAUGAGAUUGACAACACAGCCUUCAGUGGCUUACUUCCCCCAGCUUUUGUUGGUCUCUCAAGACCAAGCGCCUACGGUGCCGACCUAGCCCCUUUCCUCAACAAGGUCGUAACGGCAGAUGGUCAGAAGAUACUGGGCAGCGCCGCGUCCCAAUGCUUCACUGCGGAUCUCGCAACCUUCUUUGAACGCUCAAUUUUCGCCACUAGCUUCCAAACUCUAGGCACGGAUUUCGUUUUCGACCCGAUCGUUCAGUCAGUGUUGAAGCAGAACACCAUGGGUGUCAACAAGGACGAGACCCCGACAGCUCCAACAUUUGUUUACCACACCACAGAUGAUGAAAUUAUCCCUUAUGUCAACGCCAAAACUAUGGUAGAUUCCUGGUGCAGUUGGGAUGCAAAUGUCAAGUUUACCACUUAUUCCAGCGGUGGUCACGCAACCACUGAAAUCAUUGCCAUCCCCGACGCCAUCCAAUUUGUCCAGGAUGCCUUUGCUGGCACGACCAAGAAGGGCUGCACCACGAGUACUGAGUUUGGCAGUAUUCUCAAUCCGUUUGCUCUUGGUGCUGGGCUUGAGCCUAUUUUCACAAAGCUCAUUGAUGCGCUGACCCAUUUGGGUGACCGGGACUCGAAGGUCAAGAGUGACCCCGUUGGAGUGCUUAACACAAGCCUAUAA